AUGUCUGACAACAUGACACCAACCGUUAAAUCUCAACAAAACAUUGAUACAACCGCAGUUCAGGAGUCCUAUGAGCAAACAAAAGAGCAACCUUCAUCUGAGCACCCAGAAAAUCAAGAUGGACCCCCCAGCCACGGACUUAGAGUGAGAUUGUCUUUUUGGGGUGCAAUAUUAAGUCUUUGUUUUACUAGUCUGCUCGGGUCAUUUGAGAAUGUAAUCACCACCUCAAUGUCAUACAUGGUUCGAGAGUUGAAGAUUGGGAGUAACUAUGUGUGGAUCACCAACGGUUUUUUUGUCGCAAGUGCUGCUAUUCAGCCUCUGCUUGGCCAACUAGCCGAUGUGUUUGGCCGCAGGAGACUUACUCUUGUCAUUGUCGCAACGCAUACUCUUGGGAGCGGCAUCUGCGGCGGGGCCAAAAACGCCGCCAUGCUAUUCGCCGGACGCGCAAUUCAAGGUGUCGGUAGCGGCGGAAUCAACAUGAUCAUCGAAGUCAUAAUAUCAGACCUUGUGCCGCUCCGGAAACGAGGUUAUUUCAUGUCGCUCGUGCUUUUGAUAUAUGCCCUGGGACUAGGCACAGGCCCCUUGAUAGGGGGAAGCCUAGCUCAGAAUGUGGGCUGGCGCUGGGUGUUCUGGAUCAAUCUCCCCAUAGGUGGCACUUCACUGAUACUUCUCUACCUGCUACUUCGCGUGAAAGACGACAAGACAACACCGCUACGGGACAAGAUUCAAAACAUCGACUACAUCGGAAACAUUAUCAUCAUAGGAUCCACUGUAUCUGUGCUAUAUGCACUCACAGUGGUGGGGUCAUUGUAUUCUUGGGGAGCCUGGCAGACUCUCACACCUCUGUUACUGGGCUUCGCAGGUUUCUUUGGUUUCAUUUGCUUCGAGGGAUCGCGCUUCUGCCCACGUCCUGUGAUACCUCUCCGCUUCUUCAAAGACCGAACCCGGGCAGUUAUUUUCGUCAACACGCUAUUCACUUCCAUUCUCAGCUAUUGGAUGCUGUACUUUCGCCCGCUUUAUUUCCAAGCUGUCUUAUUGUCAAGCCCUACAUUUGCUGGAAUUCAAAUGCUACCCAGCACUCUUGGCUCUCUCUUGGUAUCAGCAGGCUGUUCUGCUGCCCUCUCCUGGGUCGGCAGAUACAAAGCUUUCCACAACUUAGGCUUCGGAGUUCUCACGCUCGGACUGGGCUUACAUGCACUGCUCGACAGAUACUCGUCGCCUGCUCGGUGGGUGAUAUUCCAAAUUCUAACAGGAAGUGGUAUUGGCAUGGUACUGAAUACACUCUUACCUGCACUUCAGGCGAGUCUUCCAGAGACCGAUGUUGCAGCCGCCACAGGAUCCUGGGCGUUUAUAAGAAGCUUUGGUAAUGUUUGGGGUGUAGCAAUUCCGGUUGCGGUUUUCAAUAAUCACUUUGAGCAGUUGGCAGACCACAUUACGGAUGAAAAGGUUCGUCAGAACUUUUUAGGUGGCCAUGCUUAUGAGCAAGGAACGCAGGAAGGCCUUGUCAGUCUAGAGAACAACACCAAAAUUCAGGUGGUGGGCGUGUUCGAACGUUCACUUCAAACUGUUUGGUUUGUCUCAAUCGCAUUCUCUGCCUUUGGGUUUCUACUUUCAUUACUUGAGAAAGAGAUUCAUCUCCGCAAAACCCUCGAGACCAAGUAUGGCCUUCAUAGAAACGAAAAGGAUGGACGUGAGAACGGUGGUCUAAGAGAAAGCGAAACUCCUCCUACUACCUCUUGA